AUGUACCCAUCCAGGCCUCUACCCCAUCUCCGACUCCUUAUUCUCGCAUUGAUCACUAUAGUGGGGGCGAAUCCAGCGUCCGAAUGGGGCCCCACAGUAUCACGAGUGUACGACACAACCGACAAAAUUCCACUCCCAAACCAAGGCCACCUCCAAGUCCACGACCCAAACAUCAUCCUGCACAAUGGCAGCUACUACCUCUUCAAAGGCGGCCCCAGCGUGCCCAUAUUCAAGGCAACCAACAUGACCGGUCCCUGGUCUAAAAUCGGCACCGUUCUCGACGGCGACAGCAUCAUUCACACAGGAAAUCGUUCGCGACCUUGGGCACCUACGACAAUCGCGCGCGACGGCACGUUUUACUGCUAUUACACGCUAAGCACGCACGGCUCGCGUAAAAGCGCCAUCGGAGUCGCCACUACAACCACGCUAGACGGGAGCCCAUGGACGGACCACGGGGCUGUCAUCCACACAGGCGACGGGGAGGGUUCGAAAGUGUGGCCGUUUACGAUUACGAAUGCGAUUGAUGCGUCCUUCAUUACGGAUAACUCAACGGGGAAGUCGUAUCUCAAUUACGGGAGUUUCUGGCAUGAUAUUUGGCAGCUUCCGCUCUCGGAUGAUUUGCUGUCGAUUGAGGAUCCUGGGGAUCCGGAUGCGAUGCAGUUGACUUUUCUUCCACAUGAGCGGGUCAAGCCGCAGGAGGGAUCGUGGAUGAGUUAUCGGGAUGGGUAUUAUUAUGUUUGGUUUAGUCACGGGAAGUGCUGUAAGUUCACGGAGGGAUUCCCUGUGCGCGGGAUGGAGUAUAGUAUUCGGGUUGGAAGGUCGAAGAAUGUGCGUGGGCCGUUUGUGGAUAAGGACGGUCAAAUGCUGCUUGAUGGGGGUGGGUCGAUUGUGUAUGCGUCGAAUCAUGGGAAGGUGUAUGCGCCCGGUGGGAUUGGUGUUUUGGAUGGGAAUGAGACGACGCCGGAUAUUCUUUAUUAUCACUAUUUGAAUACGUCGAUUGGGUUUUUUGAUAGUGAUGCUCAUUUGGGCUGGAAUUUGCUCAAUUACUCGGAUGGGUGGCCAUUUGUUGUUGAUGGUAUACUUAUGUCGGCGGAUUCGGGCACCAUGGCGUAUCUCCCGAAUUGCUUCUAUCUGACGAUCGUGAUGUUUUCAUGGCUGUACAUAUGGUCAUAG